AUGAUCCCGCCAGUAAGAGUUCCUGCCAACUUUGGUAGAGAAUUGAUCAACUCCCCAGUACAUGGUAACCUGGUGUUGAAUCUGAGAGAUGGAUCAGUGUUGAAAGUAAACUCGGUCAUAAUGUCCCUCAACAGUCCAGUUAUUAGAAACAUGACCACCAACCUAUGUCAGUCUUCACUAGAGAUGGACGACUUUAGUGUUGAAGCAGUACAUUGUUUUGUGGAUGCUAUGUACUCUGGUGAAUCUGAGAUGAUGGAUAGAGUAAACUUUGAGGACGUUAACAAGAUGGCCCACGUUUUUGGUGUGGGGUGGUUUACAAAGAAAUGUUUAAAGUUCUUUAAAACAGAUGUCUUGAACUUUGAAAAUAAUUCAUAUGAGGUGAUUCUGUUUGCCUGUGAGAUUGCCAGUCGUGCAAACUUCAACUUGAAACAGAGCAAGUUUGUGGGGCUAUUUGUCAGAAACAUGAAUUCCAGGAACAUAGGAAAAAGGGUAUUUCUACGGAAAUACAUGUCCGACUUAGCUGGCCUGUCAAAACGUCAGAUCAACAUGGCAAUUCAGAUAGCUGGUAGAGAAUUGAACAUUCUGUUCGAUUGUUUAAUCAGUUAUCUCACGUUUGGGUUGAAGUACACAGGAUUUGAUGAGAACUCUUUGUAUUUACUCGAACAAGUAGAUAUGAGUCUAUUUCAGCAAAGAUAUCCGGACCAGUUUGUUGAAGUAGUGGACCUGAUUACUGAACUGUCGGGAAGAUCUGAGAGUGGUCGAGUGAAAGAGUUGGUAGAAAAGGUAGUCAAGUUGAGGAGUGAAGGUGUAGCUGGUGGUUCUGAUGAGUUGCUAGAAGACAGUCAAUGUAGUGAUGAUUCAGAAGAUAGUGAUGACGAAGAUGUACAGGAGGGUUGUAGACACGUUGCUAUUCAAACUGAUGAGGUUAAAACAGGUCAGAUUGCUGUACAAACUGAUGAGGUUACACCAGAUUGCAUUGCCAUAGAAACUGAUGAGAUUAAAACAGGUUGGAUACAGCCUGUACAUCUCAGAUCCUACCCCCUGUUACCAGACGAACCAGUACAGUUCAUAACAACAGAUAAUGAGUUACAGAAACAUAUUGGUGUGUAUUAUACUCUACCUGUAGAGGGUAGUACUGAUGAGAAGUGGUUUAAUAUGAGAUGUGAGAAUGAAGACACCAGUCAGUGGGGUUAUUAUAUUAAUGGGUGUACUGUAUGUAGUUACAAUACACAGUUCUUAGACAGUGUUCCACCUGAUAAAGUAAAACACUGGAUUAUAACUAAAACUUGCACCCACCUAAAGGUUGUGUGUAACAAUGUGACAGUACUCAGCUUUAACUUUGCUACUGACUACUCACCAGGUGGUGAGACUAGUCACCAGAUUUGGUUGAGAAGAUGCAGUAAUUUGAGAUUCUAUAGCUGUUACAAGAUGACUAAUAUUCUUUUAAGAACUGUAAGUUAAUGUACUACAAUCUGAACAAUAACCUACCUUAUAAACUGAUCGGGAAUAUUUCAUAAUUUUGUCACGAUUUAAUGUAUGUACUUAGACUACUUACGUAAUGUUUACUAACGUAUAUCAUAUGUAUAGUUAUUCAGUUAGUUUAUUUAAAGUCUAUUUUAAUUAAGUUCAGGUUUAAGUAGAAUUUCUUUUUUCUAAUUAAUAAAUUCUGAAUACUCAUUUUAAGACAUUUUUUAAAGUCUUCUUUUUAAGUGACAGUUACUAAAAAGUUUACUGUUCAUAUUUUUGCUGUUCCAUGAUUUACACUUCUGGUAUUUAAUUUGUUGUAUC